UUUUUAUUUAUUUAUGUUGAGAGAGAGAGGAAGCAGGGGAGGGACAGAGAGAGGGAGAGAGAAUCCCAAGCAGGCUCUACACUAUCAGCACAGAGCCUGAUGUGGGGCUGGAACUCAUGAACCAUGAGAUCAUGAAAUCAAGAUCAUGAGAUCAUGAAAUCAAGAGCCAGACGCCCAACUGACUGAGCUACCCAGGUACCCCUCUCUUUUUUUUUUUUGUUUUUUAAUGUUUUUUAAAUGUUUAUCCAUUUUUGAGAGAGAGAGAGAGAGGACACGCACACACACACACACACACACACACACCCUCCCCCCCCACACACACAUGAGUGUGAGUAGGCGUAGAGAGAGAGGGAGACAGAAACCCAAGCCAACUAACUCCAUUGUCAGCACAGAGCCCAGAUCAGGGCUUGAACUCACAAACUGUGAGAUCAUGACCUGAGCCAAAAUAAAGAGUCAGAUACUUAAUGACUGAGCCAUCCUGGUGCCCACUAUAUCCUACUUACUCUUUAGGCCAAGCUUAGAUUCUGCAUUUCCCUGAUGUAGAUACCUUCUUAUUUUGAUUCUCCCCCGCGCGCCCCCCCUGCUUUGGACUUUAGCAUUCAUUUUGUCAUUUAAUUGAUUAUACUGCCUUGUAUGUUACUUGGGUGCUAUUAACUCCUUUUCAUCUUUUAAGUCAGCUUAAGAGUCACCUUCUCACAUUAAAAAAUUAAUAAAACAAAAUUAAAAAAGGGCAGUUGGGUGGCUCAGUUGGUUGAGCAUCUGACUUCAGCUGAGGUCAUGAUCUCACCGUUCCUGGGUUUGAGGCCUAUAUAGGGGUCGGCACAAAGCCCACUUCACAUCCUCUGUCCCCACCCCACCCCUCCUCCAAUUGCACAUGCUGUCUCUCAAAAACAAAUAAACCUUGGGGCGCCUGGGUGGCUCAGUCGGUUAAGCGUCCGACUUCAGCUCAGGUCACGAUCUCGCGGUCCACGAGUUCGAGUCCCGCGUCGGGCUCUGGGCUGAUGGCUCAGAGCCUGGAGCCUGCUUCCAAUUCUGUGUCUCCCUCUCUCUCUGCCCCUCCCCCGUUCAUGCUCUGUCUCUCUCUGUCUCAAAAAUAAAUAAACGUUAAAAAAAAAUUAAAAAAAACAAAAAACAAAUAAACCUUAAAAAAAAAGUCAUCUUCUCAAGUCCUUCUUUAACUUACCCUAUCUAAAGUAGUUCUUUCCCCAUAGAUAGUGUCUCUGUCUCUCACCUACCAGUUUAUUGCCUUUAUAUGGAAUUAUCACAACUGCCAUUAUUUUGUUUUAUAGAAUAUAACUAUGUAAGAGUAGGAACUGUACCUGUCCUGUUCACUAGUGUAUCCACAGUACAUAGAACAAUAGUGGCUGUAACAUAGAAAGGUGUUUAAUAAAUGUUUUUCAAUUGAAUUUUUCCCUAAAUAAAUUGUUAAAUUCUUGAAUGUCAGGACCUGUGUCUGUGGCCAGAUUCUCUGCUGUGCCCACACGGUAGACCCUUAUAUUGGGAAUAUGAAUUUUUCCUGAAGGAGAACAAGGGACUAGGCCUGAAGCAAGUUGAAGCAAUAUUUCUGAAACUGGAUGCCAAGCCGUUUCUACUGUAGGGAUACAGACAGUGGCAGUGAAUGCCAGAGACACAUCUUUGGUAAGCCUGUUCCAGGCUCGGCUGUCCCACAGGUGAGAGCUUUUCAGAACAUUCCCCUGACCUUUAGCCACUUGGCAGUCCCAGUGCAGUCUUUUCCUCCUAGCAAUUUCUCUGUCUCCUUGUGUACAGGGCACUUGAGGCCUGGAGAGUAGUAAAAGGCAGAACUGAAGAGUAGAAGAAGGGUGAAGAAAUGAAAGAUGAAUGGUUGCCAGAAGUAAAUCUUGUCAGGCUUAGUAUUUUUCUUGGGUUCAAUCAUGUUUGAAAUUAAGAAGAUUUGUUGCAUUGGUGCGGGCUAUGUUGGAGGACCUACAUGUAGUGUCAUUGCUCAUAUGUGCCCUGAAAUCAGGGUAACGGUUGUUGAUGUCAAUGAAUCAAGAAUCAAUGCAUGGAACUCUCCUACUCUCCCUAUUUAUGAGCCAGGGCUAAAAGAAGUGGUAGAAUCCUGCCGAGGAAAAAAUCUAUUUUUUUCUACCGAUAUUGAUGAUGCCAUUAAAGAAGCUGAUCUUGUAUUUAUUUCUGUGAACACUCCAACCAAAACCUAUGGAAUGGGGAAAGGCCGUGCGGCAGAUCUGAAGUAUAUUGAGGCUUGUGCCAGACGCAUUGUGCAAAACUCACAUGGGUACAAAAUUGUGACUGAGAAAAGCACAGUUCCAGUGAGGGCAGCAGAAAGUAUUCGUCGAAUAUUUGAUGCAAACACAAAACCCAACUUGAAUUUACAGGUACUGUCCAACCCUGAGUUCUUGGCGGAAGGAACAGCCAUCAAGGACCUGAAGAACCCAGACAGAGUACUGAUAGGAGGGGAUGAAACGCCAGAGGGCCAGAGAGCUGUGCAGGCACUGUGUGCUGUGUAUGAGCACUGGGUUCCCAGAGAAAAGAUCCUCACCACUAAUACUUGGUCUUCAGAACUUUCCAAACUGGCAGCAAAUGCUUUUCUUGCCCAGAGGAUCAGCAGUAUUAACUCUAUAAGUGCCCUCUGUGAAGCAACAGGGGCUGAUGUAGAAGAGGUGGCAACAGCCAUUGGAAUGGACCAGAGAAUUGGAAAUAAGUUUCUGAAAGCCAGUGUUGGUUUUGGUGGAAGCUGCUUUCAGAAAGAUGUUCUGAAUUUGGUUUAUCUCUGUGAGGCUCUGAAUUUGCCUGAAGUAGCUCGGUAUUGGCAGCAGGUCAUAGAUAUGAAUGACUACCAGAGAAGGAGAUUUGCUUCCCGGAUUAUAGACAGUCUGUUUAAUACAGUAACUGAUAAGAAGAUAGCUAUUUUGGGAUUUGCAUUCAAAAAGGACACCGGUGAUACGAGAGAAUCUUCUAGCAUAUAUAUCAGCAAAUAUUUGAUGGAUGAAGGUGCACAUCUCCAUAUAUAUGAUCCAAAAGUACCAAGGGAACAAAUAGUUGUGGAUCUUUCUCACCCAGGAGUUUCAGAGGAUGACCAAGUGUCCCGGCUCGUGACCAUUUCCAAGGAUCCAUAUGAAGCAUGUGAUGGUGCCCAUGCUGUGGUUAUUUGCACUGAGUGGGACAUGUUUAAGGAAUUGGAUUAUGAACGCAUUCAUAAAAAAAUGCUGAAGCCAGCCUUUAUCUUUGAUGGACGACGUGUCUUGGAUGGGCUCCACAACGAACUACAAACCAUUGGCUUCCAGAUUGAAACAAUUGGAAAAAAGGUGUCUUCAAAGAGAAUUCCAUAUGCGCCUUCGGGGGAAAUUCCAAAGUUUAGCCUUCAGGAUCCACCGAACAAGAAACCCAGAGUAUAGUCAUUGCCAUUUUUAUUUGUAAAUUUUUUGGUACUUUAGGAUAGCAGCUAUCUAUCUGAUAUUAAAUGGUAAAUGAACCAAGUGUUUUUAAGGAAACAAAACUAUUUUUUUAAUCAAAUUUAUACUAGCUAUAUGGGAAUUAGCAUAUCUGGUAUUAUGAAUCUAGAAUAUUUUUUACAUAUUUUUGUAAUUUUGUUACCUCAGUGAUUGGACGAGUGGUAAAUAAUCAUGUUGGUUUUAAUGGUGUCGAUCUUUGUAAAAUACAGAUUAAACCUAAAACACUUUUUACUUUAUAAAAUGUCCAUAGGCAGCACUUUAAUAUCACAUGUACACUCUUCAGUUUUUCUGAUCAUUGGUUUAUUUACGUGUUAUUAAAUAUAUAUAUUUUAAACCGUGAAAUUGCUGUCCUAAACACUGGGCUAAACCUGUUAACCUUUCAUAAAGUGUCCUGGAGACUUAGAGGUUUCUGGCUUAAUUGGGUAAGGUGUUUCCCAAGCCAUUUCUUGUCUCUCUGAACAGACAGGGAAAAUUCAGUGGAUAGAAUGGGGCCUUGUGCUUUUUUCUUUUCUUUUCUUCCUUCCUUUCUUCCUUUCUCCUUUCCUCUCCUUUCUCUUUCUUUCUUUCUUUCUUUCUUUCUUUCUUUCUUUCUUUCUUUUCUUCCCUUUUCUUUCUUUUUUGGAUGUGCUUAGAACAUUUUUCCUAUGCUUCCAUGUUACAAGUGACCCUAUAAGUUUGGUUUGGGUAAUGUUCCUUUGCUCCUUUUGUUUGAACGAGCUGCGUUGUUGGUUUUUUAGCCCAAGAAUGUCAUCACUGCUCAUUUCCAAUCGAUCCAAAUAAGACUAAAAGGCA